UUGACCAACAGGACGCCCCGCAGCAGCAGCGACCUCUCCGUCUGCACAACGGGCGGGACAUCCGCAGUAGUAAGCUAGCUAAUAACAUGGCGAAGACUUACGAUUACUUGUUUAAACUACUUUUAAUCGGUGAUUCGGGAGUCGGGAAAACCUGCGUGCUUUUCAGAUUUUCAGAAGAUGCCUUCAACUCAACGUUUAUCUCAACUAUAGGUAUUGACUUCAAAAUCAGAACAAUAGAAUUAGAUGGAAAGAAGAUCAAACUACAGAUAUGGGACACGGCGGGACAAGAGAGAUUCAGGACCAUCACAACAGCCUACUACAGAGGAGCCAUGGGCAUCAUGUUAGUGUAUGACAUUACCAACGAGAAGUCCUUUGACAACAUCAAGAACUGGAUAAGGAAUAUAGAAGAGCAUGCCUCUGCAGAUGUAGAGAGGAUGGUCCUGGGGAAUAAAUGUGAUGUCAAUGACAAGCGACAAGUGUCCAAAGACAGAGGAGAGAAACUGGCAUUGGAGUACGGUAUCAAGUUCAUGGAAACGAGUGCAAAAGCAAACAUCAAUGUGGAGAAUGCCUUCCUAACCCUCGCCAGAGAUAUUAAGGCAAAGAUGGACAAGAAACUGGAGGGCAACAACCCUCAGAGCAGCAACCCGGGAGUCAAGAUUUCAGAGCAGCCCAAGAAGAGCAGCUUCUUCCGCUGCACGCUUCUGUGAGAAAGACGGUAGCGCCGACAUCCACCAUCGCCUUAACUGCGUCCCCCACUGGACAGAACUGGACAGAGCACACUCUGAUGCCUGUUUUAUUCUUCCUCCCUCGUCUUCCUUCUUCUGAUUUAUCCUUUGAUUAAUUAGAUAAAAAAAAAAUAAAAAUCCCUCCUAGUCUUCCUACCUGUGGAUUUAGCAGCUGCGGCCUCGGUUACACACUGACAGCUUCGACUUGAAUCCAGAAAUUUUAUUCACUUUUAAAGGCUGUCUCCUGGUGAGACAUUGAAGACGAUCAAACCUUUUCUGCCCACUUUUUCUGCCAUCUGACUUUACAAAGUCUAUUUAUUUCAUUCUUCUAGACAACAGGACCCCAGAUUCUGCUACAUGUUUGCACUGACAGCUUGGUCAAAAUUUUCUUUUGUUUUUACAUCUACGACAUGUAAAAUGCAGCAUGUAAAUAUCUAUGUGUAUCACUGAUUAUGAAAACGUACCUUUUACUCAUCACACCUCCUCGUGGGAUUUACAUUUUCUGUCCGUCUUUAUCGUUCUUCAUGGGUUGAAACAUUCCACGCUUCUCGUUAACACUUUGAUGUGCAAUGUGACGUAUGUCGGGCCUCUGGUUUGCGCUUAUUAUGUACGCAGACGGUUGCCUUGUAUUCGGUGCAGUCUAAGUUAAAGUAAGACGAACAGCCGUACUCACACCCAAACACCUGGAGGAUAGUGCAGGAGGAAUCGCAGCGACGAUGAAAUCAUUGUUUUACGCUUUUGGGUUUUUUUUCUACUCGAUCCACUUGUCCGUUCCAAUGGGGGAACACGUACUCGACAGUUUCCUGGGCCUUGGAUUGGGGCUGUGCUGUAGCAGUAUUUAUGGAGAGAAACAAGACAUAGCACCAAAAUGACAAAGUGCCCUUUUUAUGUUCUUAUUGAGUAUGCACUUUUUCCUUUUUGUUCUUCCUGUUUAUACAAAAAAAAAGUUCUUAACAUUUAUUGACUGUUGCGAGUCUUAACUGAAAGAAACAAAAGAUAUUAAUGCACAAGAGAUUUAUUUACCCUCUUUGGUCCUCCUGAAAAACACCUGAGCUGUGACGCCUCAGUCGUCUAAGCCAUCGAGUCCCAUUAGUCUUUUACCAAAGCAUUCCCACUUGCUGGUUGAAUGUUUCUGCAGAUAGCAGCUAAAGGCGGUCGGCGUCGUAGUGAAGCUGCCCUCGCAGCAUUCUGUCUGCUCAUGGUAAAACCUAAAAAAAACAACUGUUUUGCACAUGUGAUUCAACAUGCUUUAUUUGAAAUUAGGAUCUCCAGAAUUUUGUUCACAGGGUUAAAAAUAGGAAAUUAUUAGAAAUCUGAGUUCAUAUGAGAGGUCAUUCCAAUGAGAGUCUCUUAAUUACUCGUGGUGCUAUAAAAGUUACUGAAUCACACCUGUAACUUCAUGCUUAGUCUGUGGUUAACUUUUGAGCUUUUGGUUUGUUUUCAGCAGUUCUCUGAAGACCCAUUUGAUUAAAGCACCAUUUGAUUAGUGAAUUGAUUCUCUGUCUUUCUGAAUUUGACAGUGUUCUCAUAUCUUCAACAUUCCUAAAGUCAGGUUGGGAUUUCCUCAGAGAUUAUCGAUGGACUCGGUGUGGAAUACAUCAAAUAAAUACUUCAGCAAUUGUAAAUAAGAUCUUCAAUGAUUGUACUGUAGUUUCAUAAAUCCUAUUGAUCUACACUUUUUGUAGAUAUAUGUACCUUUGAUUUAUUAAAAAGAUUCUUUGACAUG